AAUAGGUUUAAGAAGUUAAGUCACAUACGAAAACAACCCAAAAAAAAUUCAAAAUUCGAUAUAUCAUUUAAAAUCUGUAGGUGUGCGAAGUUAGCUAUGACGGGUGCUCUUCCCCUAUUUUACAGUAGCCGUGUCGUUUCAUAAUCUAUAUUCUAUUCAAAUAUUCUAGUUUGUACGCAAGUUGCAAGCUCAGCUGCUUCCUCCAUAAACAGAAAGCCAACGAGUUGCAAGCUCACCUGUUUCAUUUGAUUCCAAUAUCGAGAAACAUCUACUUUCGUUUAAUAAAACCUACACGCCAAUUCUCUGCCAGUUCACAAAAAAUCGAGACAUUCCAUGGUUUUAGUAGUUCGACCACAGAAAGCUGGAAGUUGAUCUAGAUAUCCCACUUUUCAAUUUCAAUGGAGUAUUUGGGGUUUCCAGUGGUAUUUGCUCUGCUUUUGGGGACAAUUCUUUCUUUGGUGCUGAUACUGCGGAGGAAGAAGAAUUCAAGCGCAACAACUUUGACGAUGCAUAUUCAGGAUGCCCUGCUUAAUGAGAGUGACAAUGAAGGGAAAGAAGAAACAGAUAUUAUUAUUGUUGGAGCAGGCGUCGCAGGUUCUGCUCUCGCUUACAGUCUUGGCAAGGAUGGAAGACGUGUUCGUCUUCUUGAGAGAGAUUUGACUGAACCUGAUAGAAUUGUAGGGGAGCUUUUACAGCCAGGUGGUUACUUGAAACUUGUUGAGCUCGGUCUUCAAGAUUGUGUUGAUGGAAUUGAUGCCCAACGUGUGCUGGGAUAUGGAUUGUUUAAGGAAGGAAAGCACACCAAAGUGUCUUAUCCAUUAGAAGGACAUCAUGCAGAUGUGGCUGGGCGUAGUUUCCACAAUGGACGCUUCAUUCAGCGCCUACGGGAAAAGGCCUCGUCUCUGCCAACGGUUCAUUUGGAGCAAGGAACUGUACUUUCAUUGAUUGAGACGCAAGGAAUUGUGAAGGGUGUAAGGUACAGGUCUACGGCUGGUGCAGAACAUGAAGCUUUGGCUCCUCUUACUAUUGUCUGUGAUGGAUGCUUUUCAAAUUUAAGGCGUUCCUUGUGUAAUUCAAAGGUAGAUGUUCCUUCAUGUUUUGUUGGUCUUGUGCUGGAAAACUGUGAGCUUCCAUAUCCUAAUCAUGGACAUGUCAUAUUAGCUGAUCCUUCUCCAAUUUUAUUCUAUCCGAUUAGCAGUACAGAGGUUCGUUGCUUAGUUGAUGUACCAGGACAAAAGGUUCCAUCUGUUGCCAGUGGAGAACUGGCAAAGUAUUUACAAACUGUGGUGGCUCCUCAGCUUCCAGAGCAACUACAAACAUCAUUCUUAGCUGCUAUUGAAAGUGGGAACAUACGAACCAUGCCAAACAAGAUCAUGCCAGCCUCACCAUUGCCUAGGCCUGGAGCUCUUCUAUUGGGGGAUGCUUUCAAUAUGAGGCAUCCGUUAACUGGUGGAGGAAUGACUGUUGCAUUAUCUGACAUUGUGGUUCUUGAAAGGCUUUUUAAGCCUCUUCGUAAUCUUCAUGAUGCUUCAGCGCUCUGUGAAUAUGUGGAAUCAUUUUACACUCUUCGCAAGCCUGUUGCAUCAACAAUAAAUACUUUGGCAGGUGCAUUGUACAAGGUCUUCUGUGCUUCACCUGAUCAGGCAAUGAAAGAGAUGCAACAAGCUUGUUUUGACUAUUUAAGUUUGGGAGGUGUGUUUUCAACUGGACCUGUGGCCCUGCUGUCUGGCCUCAAUCCACGACCUCUGAGUUUGGUUGUACAUUUCUUUGCGGUGGCUGUAUAUGGUGUUGGUCGUCUAUUGUACCCUUUUCCUUCACCAAAACAAUUCUGGCUUGGAGCCCGCCUGAUUUUUGGUGCUUCCAAUAUCAUUUUCCCAAUUAUUAAGGCAGAGGGGGUUAUACAGAUGUUCUUUCCGAGUAUGGUUCCUGCAUAUUACAGGGCACCACCUGCACACAGCAUCCAGGAGGACAGAAACAGUUAGCGAUUAUAUGGAAGGAAUGCUAUAUUAUCAUUAAUUGAUUGUUCAUAUUGGAAAAAUACAUACCAUAUAUUUUUAUGCUAUUCAAAUGACCAUGUGGAAAGCGCAUGGAUAUUUUAACAUUUGAAAUAUUUAAAUUCACAUAUUGAAGUUGAUUCCUGUUGUGAUCUGAAACCACAUUAAGACCAGAAAUCUUCUCAAUGUAUUCGAUUUACAACGAGAACAGAUGCUUCAUUUCACCAAAUCACCAAAUUGGAAAAGCCCUGCAUAUUUUGCACCA